GGGCUAACGAUAACAGGUGUGUGCCCACUCGUCACGUGUAUGCCAUGCCUGACACCUCCAGCUUAUCUACAGGGCGAGUCGAGUCGACGCCGAUAGCGUGAUCGAUCGAUCGAGCUCGUCGUCGGCUACACAUUGGUGGGUCGAUCGGCGGCAUGGCGCAGCAGCUGGGCCUCCUCGCCGCCGUCUUCGUGUCGCUCGCCGUGCACGUCGCGCUCCACUGCCCCAUCCAGCCGCUCGCCCCGCCGCCCGCACGCCCACCCGCCGCCGCUCGCUUCCCUCCCAACAACCUCCUCCAGAAUCUGGAGAAGCUUGGGGAAGGGAUGCUGAGCGCGCCGGAGGACGUGUACGUGGACGACGCCGGCGGCGAGGUGUUCACGGCGACGAGGGACGGGUGGGUGCGGAGGAUGCAGGCGAACGGGUCGUGGGAGCGGUGGGGGCUCGUCGGCGGCACGGGGCUCCUCGGCGUCGCCCCGUCCGCCGACGGCGCCAUGCUCGUCUGCGACGCCGACAAGGGAUUGUUGAAAGUGGAUGAGAAUGGACGCGUGACGCUUCUUGCUUCGACUGUCGAAGGCUCCACGAUCAGGUUCGCGGACGCGGCGAUCGAGGCCUCCGAUGGCACGGUGUACUUCAGCGACGCCAGCACCAGGUUCAGCUUCGACAACUGGUUCCUCGACUUCUUCGAGUACCGCUUCACCGGCCGCCUGCUCAAGUACGACCCCCGCACCGGCGAGGCCUCCGUCGUGCUCGACGGCCUCGGCUUCGCCAACGGCGUCGCCCUGCCGCCCGACGAGGCCUUCGUCGUCGUCUGCGAGACGAUGAGGUUCAGAUGCUUGAGAGUGUGGCUGAAAGGGGAGAAGGCUGGGGAGGCAGAGAUCUUCGUGGACAACCUGCCGGGGAAUCCAGACAACAUUCGGCUGGGUUCAGAUGGUCACUUCUGGAUUGCCCUUCUCCAGGUGAGGUCUCCAUGGCUGGACCUGAUCUCUCGCUGGAGCUUGACGAGGAGGGUCAUCGCGUCGUUCCCGGCGCUCGUCGAGAGGACCAAGGCGACGCUCAAGGGAGCAGUGGUGGCUCAGGUGUCGUUGAACGGCGAGAUCGUGAGGGUUCUUGGUGACUCUGAAGGGAAUGUGAUCAACAUGGUCACUUCGGUGACAGAGUUCAACGGAGAUCUCUUCCUCGGCAGCCUUGCGACCAACUUCAUAGGAAAAUUAUCCCUGGCUAAGGUUACACGGGAGCAGGAGGAUGCAGUUCCUUCGUAGACAGUUACAGUUUGAAGUGUUGAUGUGUGAUCAUCAGUUGGUAUCGUAAAUCCGGGGGCAACUCAUAAUUGACACUUGACACAGCUUGAGCGCAGUCAUACAUAUAGCUAUAGCGUACAGUAAUCAGUUAGCGGUAAUGGUUUUGCAUAACUUCCAUGCUGUAAAAGAUUUGAAAGACUGGUGAUCGUCCUAUAUCGAGCACUUUGUUCUGCUCUCGUCCUUCA